AUGCUGAAUGGUACACUCCGAGCCGGAGCUAGAGUCUGGGUGCUGGGGAAGCCUUGGAGAGUGGCCGGCAGGAUGGGGCUGCGUGCUGGGGGCCCCCAUGGGCGAGCUGACCCAGAAGUCGGGGCAGAGGAACAGGAUCGGGCCUCUGAAUCGGGGGGUCGCAGCAUCCAUUCUGGCACCAUCGCUACCGUACACAAUGUGCCACUGAGCGUCCUCAUCCGGCCGCUGCCCUCCGUGCUGGACCCGGACAAGGUGAAGAGCCUCAUGGACACCAUCCAGGAGGACCCAGCCCAGGUGCCGCCUAUUGAUGUCCUCUGGAUCAAAGGAGCUCAAGGAGGGAACUACUACUACUCUUUCGGGGGAUGUCACAGAUACGCAGCCUACCGGGAGCUGCGCAAGGAAACAAUCCCUGCCAAGCUGGUUCAGUCCACGGUAUCCGACCUUCGUGUGUACCUGGGUUCUUCCACGCCAGACCUGCAGUAGUAGUCUCCGUGGCCCUUUGGAUCCACUGAAAUGCUUCUUCAUUUGACCAUUGAAGAAGCCAGGAGGAGCCAAUAAAGAAACAUUAGGCCCCACCAGGGCCAUGCAAUGGACUUCUGAUCCAGAACAGACUGACACAUAGAGUUUUCCUUGAAGGCUAGAGAAGAGGAAUAGCAAAUCUUUCCCUGUGAGUUGUAUUUUUACACUCCCAUGUCUCGGACUUGAAGGCUGUUGGCCCGGGGUUUAAAUCCAGAAGGGAGCAGCACCUUGUCCCACCCCACAGUGGGGCGUGAGGCAGUGAGGUGUAAUGGAAAGAGGAGUGAACUUGGAAUUAGAAUCCACCUUGUUCAGAUCUCCACUUUGAUACUACCUGUGCAAACAGGUAGGGUUUCCUCAUCUCUAACGUGAGGAGGUUGGACUAAAGUCGGCUCUACUGUCUUCUAACACUAGAGCCUAUGCUUCUGAGAUGAUGUGAUAAGGGAAAGGAUGGAAGAUAUGUGGGGGGAGGUGUGAAAGAAGUGAGGGGGGACUGAAUGCCCCUUUCCCAACUUUCUGGAUGGAGGGGGCACCUCUUGUUCAUAUCAGACUAAAGGAUCCAUAUCUAAUUCUCAUUCUUUCCCCCAUGGGAAGUAGGAAAUCUUGCUCCCUCUUUUUUUAAAACCCUUACUUUCUCUCCUAGAAACUACUCUAGGACAUAAGGGAUAGACUUGCCCAGGGUCACUCAGCUAGAGUGUAGCUUUGUACCCAAGGCCUCCUGAUUUCAGGCCUGGUGCUCUAUGUACUGUGCUAUCUAGUUGCCCUUCAUCCCUUAAAUUAAAAAAAUAUAUAUUUACGUGAAUUUUCUUCCUCAAAAAGAUAAUAUUCCUUAGUAUCUUUUUGGGGAAGAAAAUUAGGAAUAUAUGUAUAUAUAUGCAUAUAUAAAGGAAUAAAUAUGCAUACAUGUAUGCAUAUAAAGGAAUAUACAUGUAUAUAUUCCUUAGUAUCUUUUUGAGGAAAAAAAUUCACAUGCAACAACAAUAAAUGAAAACCCCAAUAAAUUCCAAUUUAGUAGAAAGUGCUUUAGGCUUCUAGUAAGUCACCUUAUUCCUAAGUCUCUAUGUUUUUUACCUCUAAGUUGUGGUAAGAAUCCUCUCAAGGUUGUUGUGAGAAAAAUUCUUUGUAAAAUUCAAAGUGCCAGAGAGAUGGGAAUCAUUGUUAUGUAAUUCUCAUGAGAUUAAGAUGGAAAGUCUGGGGACCAGUUACUCCCUGCUAUUAGUCUUUUAUAUUUCUUAUUCCUUCAGACUAUUGUGCAGGUAGAUAAAAUGACUAAUUUUUAUAACUGAAUAAAUGUAUUAAUAUGUAAGCACACUUCCUGUAGAAUCACUGAAGACAUCUUUGGAUUAACUCCAGUAGCACAAACAACAUCAGAGAUGGCACAUGUAUCAUCACCAUUAUUGUUGUUAUUAUUGUUAAGUUUUGGAACCGUUGCUGUUCCGCAUUGAUUGAGAAAGUUCCUUACUAGGUGUUUCCCAACCUCAAUGAAAUCACAGA